CGGUUGUUUCUUCCCGGAGAAGAUAUUAAUCGUACCAGUGAAGGUUGUAUUGAAUGCCUUUUACUGUCUAUGAUUUUUCUGCACAAAACUAGCGAAUUAAUCGUACUUUCGUAAAAGCGAUGUUGAAGUAAUAUAAAUGUUUGUCAAACUAGUAUGAAAGGUGCACCGGUAAGCUGUAACGUUCUCUCGAGUGCGGGAUUUCAACAAUAAUUCGGCAUUAUUUUUGAGCUGAUUAAAGGAUGCAGAACUGCAGUUAAGUUAGGUUUGAUGUUCUUUAUUAAUUAUUUGCGUUGCUUAAUUAAUUAAUUUAUUCAUUACUCGUGACGAAAUUCUGAUGUGACGAGCCAACAGUUGCUCUUGAAACGUCUUAGAUCACUUAAGGGUUUACUCGGCUAUGACAGAGAUUCUACGAAGAUUCCACGGUGGCUUUCUAAAACUGGCCCUGUUCCCCAGCACCUUUAGAAAUAAAGCGCCUCGUCCCGCUGCCUCUGAAGUACUAACAUGUCACCUCACGCAGCGCGCGCUGCCGCCUUGGACGUCAUUCUGUGUGCGCUACCGGGACGUCAUCAACGACCAGUUCGGUCUGUCUAACUUCAACUGGCAGGUGCAGGGAGCGAACUACCACAUUCUAAGGACCGGUGCAUUCCCUUUUAUCAAAUACCACUGCACUAAAGCACCUCCACAGAACCUGGAUUUUGAAAAUAAGUUUUUUGGGGCAUUGAAAGUCAUCAAUCUGGGUAUCCCAUGCUUGGCAUAUGGCUUGGGUUCAUGGAUGGUAGUUAGAGUGACAGAGACGGUUCAGACCUCUGCAGGACCUGUUACUGUUUACUUUGCAUACAAGGAGGUGGAGGGUGCUCAGUUCUAAUAUCAGAGACACAAUGAGUAUUUAAAAAGAGCUGAAAAUGUUUGUCACAGGCCAUCGGAAAACUUGUACAAAUGGCCAAGUGCGACCUGAAUUACCAACUGCACUUUUUCACAAAAAAUAAACAAAUAAAUUAUGAAUUUUAAA